AUGACUAAAGAACCAGGUUCAACUAGGCCAAGGCCUCAUAAUGUAAAAACCGAGUCAAGCUCCUCUAAAUCUGCUUCUGGAGAAACUGAUACUCGCUCAACAAAAUCGAGUUCUUCUUCUGCGUCUGCUCGGACUGUAAAAGUCCCCAUAAGUUCACACCCCCGUUCGACAACACCGUAUUGUCCACUCGCGAAAACGGCUUUUAUCGCUUUUUUAUUAAUUCGAUUACUUUCCGCUUUAUUCUCAAAUAUAGUCGAUUGUGACGAGGUUUUUAAUUAUUGGGAACCAACGCAUUACUUACAAUAUGGAUACGGAAUGCAGACGUGGGAAUAUUCGCCAACGUAUGCAAUUAAAAGCUGGGCUUAUAUUCAGUUACAUGCACUUAUUGGCAAUGGUUUUAAUUUUUUAUUCAAUCACGAUAAGGUUAAAGUAUUUUACGCCAUACGCGUGAUUUUCGCUGUGAUUUGUUCAAUUUGUGAAACAUUAUUCUAUCGCUCAGCAGUAAAUAAUCUAGGCCCACGAGUCGGCCGUUAUUUAAUACUCACAAUGUUAAUUAGUGCUGGGAUGUGGAAUGCUUCAAUCGCAUAUCUCCCCUCGACGUUUGCAAUGUAUACAACUAUGAUAGCAUUUUUUUAUGCUCUUAAACCUGUUUCCACAACUUCUGGAGGAAGAAUUUAUCGUACAAUUUUUUGGGUUGGUCUAGGAUCUCUAUUAGCAUGGCCUUUUAGUGCAGCGGUCGGUAUACCCGCAGCUAUCGAAGAAUUGGUUCUUCGAACUGCCGCGCUCAAGAACAGAUUUGAGCGAAUCCAACGAUUGAUAGUUGGUCUCAUAUUUUCAUCAUUCAUAAUAUUGACACCUCUUGUUUUAAUUGACUAUAUUUAUUAUAAAAAAUUUACCAUAGUUUCGUUAAACAUUGUAAUGUACAAUAUUUUCGGCGGAAAAGACAAAAAUCCCGACAUUUUUGGUACCGAACCAUGGCACUUUUACAUAUUGAAUGGCUUCCUGAACUUUAAUUUUUUGUUUUUUAUGGCUCUUAUAAGCAUACCGGGUUUAAUUAUUACUUACUUUGUCGAUCCUGGACGUAUUUCAUCCACAUCUACAGCUGGACCAAUUUAUGCUUAUCUUUAUCUCGCCUUUCGACUUUUGCCAUUUUAUUUAUGGCUUGUUACAAUUAUUAUACAACCGCACAAGGAAGAACGUUUUUUGUUUAUAGUUUAUCCUCUAAUUUGUCUAAAUUCAGCAGUUGCAUUGUUUCUAAUAAGAGGAUGGUUGGAUCGAAUAUUAGUGUUUUUGUCCGAUGGACAUUUACCUUAUGCACGCGCUCGAAGAUAUUGCAUGAAAUUUCUUACGACUUCUAUUAUUUUUAUCUGCGGAAUUAUUUCGUUCUCGCACAUCGCUGCUUUAUAUGUUCACUAUGGUGCUCCAAUGACUAUUUAUAAACAUUUUUAUUAUGUUGAGAUACCUAGUCAAAUUGCAGCUCGCCAGUUACAGGUGGAUUUAUUAAAUAAUCCAAUUAAUCUCUGCAUAGGAAAGGAAUGGUAUCGAUUUCCGAGCCAUUACUUCUUACCGGAAGGAGUGCGUUUGAGAUUUUUAAAAUCCGAUUUCAACGGACAAUUACCAAAAUAUUUUUUGGAAAAAACUUAUGUUGAUUUAAAUAAUGUAACCAAAUUGAGUGCUGAGCGUGAAGGAACUUGGACUAUUCAAGAAGGAUUUAAUAAUUAUAAUUUAGAAGAAGUGGAUCGAUAUUUCAAUGUAACGCAGUGUGAUUAUAUUAUCGAUCUGGAAAUGAAUUAUACAAGGACAGUAUCAGAUAACGCACAUGAAGAAAGCUAUAUAACUCAAACUGAUCAUUGGAGUGAAGUUAUUUGUAGACCUUUUUUAGAUGCAGAAAAUUCCAAUUCAAUUACAAGAGCAUUCUAUCUGCCACCGAAUGCUUGGCAAAAACUGAAGACAUUUAUCAGCUAUUUACCUUCUAGGUUGACUAAUAGCGUGGCAUUCAACACGUUAGGAAACCUUAAAUGGGGAGAUUAUUGUUUAUUACGGAGAAAAGAUGAAACUGAACUGAUAAACGUAGAGAAGGAUUGGACAGUAAUUCCGAAUAUUCGUUUUUAUGUUGAAAAUUGGUAUUGGAAAUAUAUCAAUAUGUAA